ACAUUUCUUAAGAAUAAAUUCUUCUUUUGCAGGAGGAAUCCUCCAAGAGAGGGGUUGUUGUGGCUUUGUUUUACUUAGUUGCACAUUUCUUAAGAAUAAAUUCUUCUUUUGCAGGAGGAAUCCUCCAAGAGAGGCACCCCACUCUUUUUUGGACACCUAGUGCAACACAUGUCCUUGACCUUCUUUUGGAGGACAAAGGAAAACUUGAGUGGGUGACUCCAGUUGUGGAAGAUGCAAGGAGGAUCACCAAAUAUAUUUGGUGAGAGCUGGUGUCACAAGGUUUGCAAUGAUUUUCUUGACGUUGCAAAGCCUUCUUGCUGCAUUGACUUCUUUGAAACAAAUGUUUGUAAGUGGAGAAUGGCUUAACUCACCUUAUUCAAAGAAGCCUGAAGGAGAGGCUGUCGCAAGCAUAGUCCUCGACAACCAAUUUGCACAAAGGGUUGCAGAGAUUGUGAAGGUGUCAGAGCCCUUGGUUCGAGUUCUUUGCUUGGUGGAUGGGGAUAAAACCCCAAUGGGAUAUCUUUAUGAGGCCAUGGAUAGGGCCAAGGAGUCUAUCAAAAAUUACUACAAGGGGGAUAGUCUCAAAUUUGAUCCCAUUUGGGAAAUUGUUGAUAGGAGGUGGAACAAUCAGCUCCACCAACCCAUUUAUGCAACAGGGUACUUCCUCAACCCUCGUUUUAGGUUCAGGGGUUCUUACUCAGAUCCGAAUGGAGAAGUCAUGGAGGGCCUCAGUACAUGCAUUGAGAGGAUGGUACACGAUGUUGAGGAGAGAGACCUCAUUGUGAGUGAGCUCCAAAAUUAUGAGGGAGGAAGGGGUAAGCUAUUCUCUUCAGAGCUGGCUAGGAGAGGAAGAACCACUCAAACCCCAGAUGCUUGGUGGCAAAAUUGGGGUGGAAACACCCCCCAUCUCAAAAAAUUUGCCCUCAGAGUCUUAUGUCAGCCUUUCAGUUCAUCCAAUUGUGAGCGCAAUUGGAGCUUGUUUGAAGCAAUCCACACGAAGAAGAGGAGCAAGUUAGCGCAUAAACGACUCAAUGACCUUGUCUACAUGCAAUAUAAUCUUCGAUUGCGCGUAAGGAAGGUAGAGGAACUAGAAGGUGGUCCAAUUGACUUGGAUGAUAUAGAUCCUUACAGUGAUUGGACAUCACAGGAGCAGCCUCCAUUGUUUUCCGACAUUGACAUUACUGAUUUGGAGAGGCAGGCUAUGGAGGAGGGGGGUGGAUUUGGUUUCACGUUGGAUGACAUUGAGGAGUCUUAUGUCACAGGUUGCUGAAGAUAACAUUAAUAUCUUCUUUGCAUCUACAACUUUUCAUUGACAUGUACAUAUAGGCA